AUGGUGCCGGCGCACUUGCUGUGGGCGAAUGCCGUGCAGGUGCUGCUGCGCCGCACCAAGAACAACCCCAUCUUGAUCGGCGAGGCCGGCGUGGGCAAGACCGCCAUCGUGGAGGGUAUCGCCCAAAUGAUCGCGGAGCCCGAGGCCGCACCCAGAGGGCUGACCGGCAAGAAGCUCAUUGCCCUGGACGUGGCUGCUGUGGUGGCGGGCAGCUCAUACAGGGGGGAGUUUGAGGAGCGCCUGAAGCAGCUGCUGUCAGAGCUGGAGGCCCACAGGGGAAGCUGCCUGCUGUUCAUCGAUGAGAUUCAUGUCCUGGUCGGGGCGGGCAACUCGGAGGGCGGCCUGGACUUUGCCAACAUGCUGAAGCCGGCGCUAGCGCGUGGUCAGCUGCAGUGCAUCGGCGCCACCACCCUGGACGAGUACCGGCAGCACAUAGAGCCAGACCCCGCGCUCUCGAGGCGCUUUCAGGUGUGA